AUGAAUCAGUUAAAGAAAUCUAAACUAUGUACAAUUUUUAAUUUAUUCUGUAUUAUUAUUAUUAUUAUUAUUAUCAUUAAAAGGAUAUCAUCACAACAGCAAAAUUAUCCAAGUGAUUUUCGAUCAUUAAAUUUGGGCUCAUGUUUAUCGAAUGGUGGAGAUUUAUUCUGUCAACAAUACAGACGGAAUAGUUUUUGUUCUAUUCAUCAUGAUGAAUGUUUUUGUUCACCUGGAUAUGUAUCAAUUUAUGAGACGGAAGAUAGUUGGUAUACGUGUAAACCGUUGAUCACAGAUUUGUACUGUCGUAUGGAUUUGGAAUGUUCACAUAUUCAUGGAAGUAUCUGUCAUCCAGGAGUUGGUGCAUGUGUUUCUCCCAGUGGUUAUGAGUUUGUAUUUCAAAAACUUGCUUGCUUACGCCGGGUAAAUGAUGACUUGAAGCCUUUCUGCGCUGCCUGUCAGAGAAGUGGAGGAACAUGUGUCAUGACCAAGGAUGGAGUGUCGUUAAACAACCAACAAAGUGAUCUUCAGUGUGCAUGUCCUAGGAAAAGAUGGACAAAAUCGGAUACACUGAACUAUCCAUUCUUCAAUUUAUGCAAUUCAACUUUAGCUGAUAUUGGAGAAGAAUGUAAUCAUGUCAAUAGACUAUGCUUGAGUCAGGCAGCCAUUUGUUUUCAAACUUCAUAUGGACAUCAAUCUGAAUAUAUUGAAAAUGGUAUAUCACAAGUGGACGUUUAUUCAUCACAAUCGGCAAGAAGUCAACAUUUAAAUAUAUGCAUUUGUAGUGAAGGAAUGAUACCUGUUUAUCAGAAAAAUAUGGACUAUUUUGAAUGUUUUACAGAAGAAAUGAAUUCACUGAUAUCUGAUUGUCAAAGUUGUUUUAAAUCUCAAGGUAAAUGUUAUCAUUUAAAUCGUGGAUCAUUGAACAUAACAACAAUGAGAUAUGGCUGUGUAUGCCCAUUAUUUAAACAAAAUAUAUCCCCUUUAACUGAAAAAUAUCCAUGUUCAAAUAAUUUAUGCAUAAAACCCAAAGAAAUAAAUUCUGAAAAUGAUUUCAAGCAAAAUAUGAAAAUAUCUAAUACUAAAUUGAGUCAAUUUAGCCAUAUACAACAAUUUCCAGGUUUUAAUAAGAAGGACGAACUUUGUACAAAGCAAUUUAUUCAAGUUACAUGUAACCGAGAACGUAUCAAUAUUUGCUAUAAAAAUCCCUACAAACCGUCAUCAAUACCAACAAAUUCUUCAUCGGAGACUUUUGUAGUUUACUUACAAUCUUCAUCAAUAUAUCCUAAAUUUAUUGAAAGAGAGAUGAAUCAUUCAUCCCGCAAACUAUCAACCUUCUUGUGUCAUUUAAAUCAGAACAAUGAUGGAGAAUUCUGUUCUGUGUUCAAUAUUCAAAUGAAUCAUUUAAAACAAUGCGGAAUUUACGAAAUGCACUACAAGUACGGAUCUAUAUUCUACGGGACAUUACAUGCUGGUGAUAAAAGAGAUACAGUUUCUAUGCUAAGAAACUUGCAUAUUGACUUUCUUUGUUUUAUUGAAAGAACUCAAUCAAAUCAAUCAGUAAUGUCUACAUCAUAUUUCUACGACAGAUCAACGAAUUUUUUUCCCGAUAAGCCAUCUCAGCCAAAUAAACAACUGAUAGUAUCUGGGAAAACUUCAGAAAUCUCUGCAAUGAAAUAUGUCAGCCUUAAAAAGCCAACGAAAAAGGCAUUCGGAAAUACUGGUAACGAUUCAGUUUCCCUACCAAUCCUCAAUUUUUCAAAUCAAAUUACUCUAACAAUAAUUAAACUGGAGGGGAAUAAUAUAAGGCUAAGGAUUAUCUCCAUUCUACCUGUUAUACUUAUAGAAUAUUGUUUAAUCAAAGAUGAAAUGAAUUCAUUCGGAAAAAAAGUGAACUUUGGAUAUGAAGAUCAUCGAGAUUUAAAAUGCCUAAAUGUGAACCAGCACAAAGAUAAAAAUAUAACUGAUAUCACUGGUCAGUUAGUGUAUCAGUGUAUUUUAUUUGAACGAACUACGCUUGGGUAUGAACAACAAAAUGACUCAACAAUUUGGAUAAGUCAACCAUUCAAUUUACAAUAUCCCGUUUUACAAAAAUACCCCUAUUUCACUUGUCUUAUUCGAGUUUGUCGGAUAAAACAAUACUGUACAUAUGCUAAUUUGUAUUCAUUAAAUGAAAUGAAUGAAGAACAGAAUGAUUCAACUGGUCAGUUCAAAGUUUAUAUACCACUUAUGUUGUGGAAUAAUAAGCUAAAACAUCAAUAUGAUUCAUUAUUCCCUCCAUCAAAUUUGGCUACUUUAGUACAAUUCUUUUUUAUUCAGUCAACAUUAGAAAUUAAUUAUACUACUGGUGGACAGAUGGAUAAAACAUUUGAUGUACAUUUUCGUUUAACAAAUACUGAUGCUACCCAUUCAAACGAAGCUAACUGGAUGAAAUAUAUCCUGUACAUCUUAAUUUUGAUUGUUACUUCUCAGAUGAGUAUAUUUCUAAUCAAAUGUUUAAAAAAAUUUUAUGCCAGAUACAAACUACAAGUUGAAUUCAAUCCAUUCCUCGUUACUGUUCACACAAAAAGUAUUCAAAACUCUGUGGUUAGAAAUAUGAACUCUGAACAAAACUGUCAUACUGAUAAAAUUAAUGGAACCCAGUGUAUACACGAGGAUGACGUCAACAAAAAUAUGAACGAUGAAGUAAGCCAUAAUUAUAGCUCUACUGUCAUACAAGAUCAACUUACUUAUUAUCACCAUUUACAACAAAAGAAAUACAGUGAUCCUAUGGAUAUUACCGUUACACCUCAACAAACAAGGCGUUCAUUGACAAGUUCAGUGGUUUGUCCCCCUUGUUCACAAAAUGAUUGUUCACUAUCUAGUGACUGUGAUCCAUUACACUGUAGAACGAUAUGUCUUUCAUGUCACAAGCAAUGUCAUACUUAUCACAGCCAUCAGCAGCAGCUGCAACAUGAAUGCCAAAAACAUCCACCCCACGUUAUGACAUCAUUAUGUAUAAAACCACAAAGCAUUGAAUUAUCAAGACGUAUCAGUGAAUCCACUUUAAACACAUCAUGUAAUCAAAUUAAAAUGUCAACAGAACACUUGAAACAAAAAGUACAAAAUGAGUCAUUUCAGCAAAAUCAUCUGAUUAAUGAUGAAAUCAAUUAUAAGACUGAAGGAAAUUAUACAAUAGGAAGUAUAUGUUAUUCAACUUUUAAUGAAAAUGAUUGUUUAAAACAACAUUAUGGUUGUUGUUCAGUUUAUCAUAGUUUAAAAAAUCAAGAUUAUAAAGAUGGUUGGGUUUAA